AGCGCAAGCUGUCGAACUGGACGCCGAGCCGAGCGUGUGGGCGCUGCCAAAGACUGCCUCCCGGGACACACCGAUUGAGCAAUCGCCUCGGACGUUAUUAGUCAUUUGUAGGCAGACCGUGCACCCCAGUUCGCCCGCUUUUCCCCCUCUGCCAGCAAAGCAAGUCCGCCAGGGAGCUCCGUCCCUGAUCCCGAUGGUCCCGCAAACCGGCGGGUGUUAAGAUCGAUGGCAGUGGCGGGCUUUUACGACGGGGAUUACCUUGCGUUCCGAGGUGUUGACAGCAGCAGCAGCAACAACAACCACCACAGCAGCAGCACAGGCUGCAAGCAGUCCAUCGGCGGUUCGAUGACGGAGCUGGGCAUCGCCGAGCACGAGAAAGCCAUCGACUUCAGCAUCUACCUGGACCCCGCCUUGCCCUUCCAGCAGCAGCAGCAGCAGAUCCCGGUCGAAACCCUGGAUCAGCACCACGGCGGGGACAUCUUCUCCACUUUUCUUGCCGAAGACAGCAAGAACAAGCGUGCCGCCACCUUGCAGAACUACAGAAACUACUUGUCAUUGAGCGCUCGGGGUGCCAAUCAGGGCGACAUCCCGAGACCGUCGAACUUGCUGGGCUUCCCCGAGUUACUGGAGACGCGAGUGGACACCGUGUUUAGCCCGCAGCUGCUGGGCGGCUAUAUCAAGCAGGAGCUAAAGGAAGAUUUAAGAAUGGACAGGGGCUCUCCCAGUUACGAGAUGAGGUCUUAUCUACAGUACCAGUCGGCUCCCAGCGGCAGCAUCGGGAACCUCUCCACCGCCUCCUCCUCCUGCUCCAGCCCGCCGGGCACCCCCGCCCCGCCAGGUGCUGGGGGGUCGCCGUCCCACGGGAAGAUGUCCUCGGGCAGCAAGGGCAAGAAGAGGCUGGAGAAGGACAGCGAGGAGUACCGGCAGCGGCGGGAGAGGAACAACAUCGCGGUGCGGAAGAGCAGGGACAAAGCCAAGCAGCGCAACAUGGAGACCCAGCACAAAGUACUGGAGCUGGCGGCGGAGAACGAGCGCUUGCAGAAGCGAGUGGAGCACCUGUCCCGGGAGCUGGCCACCCUGAGGAACUUGUUGUCGGCGACCGGACAGUGCUAGCGCCGUUGCGGGACUCUGUACGCGCGGCCGCCGCUUCAACUGCGGGGGUACUUUUUAUAUUGCCAGCUGGAAAAUACUGGCCCCCCUUUUUCUCUGGGAAGUAUUAUUUGUAACUCAGAUGUUUCUCUUUCCCUUAAAAAGGAUCAAAUUGUUUACCAAUUUACAAGGGAACCGUAUUUCUGAAAGCGUGUGGGUGUUGUUUGCUUGGGAACAUGGAAUAUGCGACUGAUUGUUGAUAAAUUACCACUUGUGAUACCAUGUCUGUUUGUUUUUUUCAAAAAUUGUUUACUGUAUUUUUAUACGAGUUUUAACGUUUAAUAUACUUCUGUGUUAUUUAAGAAAUGUUGAUGAAAACACGAAGUGUACGCUCUUUUUUUUAGCAACGGUUGUCAAGGGAGUUGGAUUGCGCAAAUGAUGCAAUCCGAUGUAACAGUAUUGGCAAUGCAAUGAAGUAAUCUGUUAAAGAUGGAAAGGUAUAUACAAAUUAUAAUGAAAUGUAUAAAUACUAUUUUAUUGAAUUAAAAAUAUUUUUACUUUGGUGCAAA